UCGGGUCUCACCCGGGCUGGAGCCGCCUCCGAUCUCCGCUGCCGGCUCGCCGGGCUCCGGGUGCCGCCGCCGCCGCUCCUAUCCCGGCCAGACUCCUCGGGCACUGCGGCUGACUUGAGUGCCCAGGACAGGACAGAUUCAGCCGGCACUGCAGGUCGUGCCGCGCGACAGAGGCGGUGUGGGAGCGGCUUUUGGCCGUCCUGACCCAUCAGCGUGCUGGGACGCGGCGAGGGGCGGGGAGGAGCGGGGGGACGGGAGGAGCGAGCCAAGGGCCGGGCAGGGUUCCUCAUGGACAUCACAGGAGCGACUUUGCUUUCUUUUACCCAAGUGACUCCCGGCGCCGUAUUAGGAGCCAGGGUCAGGGGCAUAUGCAGAAGCAGAAGCCACGCGAGGAGAGGAGUCAGGUCACUCCUGUCCAGCAAAAACCUUGCUAAGAAAAAGGGCCCCACGCCUUUGAAGCUGGUGAAGAACCGCAGCCCCGGGGAAGCUGCUCUUGGGGGUCUCUCCAGUGAAUCACCGCAGGGAUUCUUGGGCUGGGCUGGGCCUGGCCAGGUGCUCAGAGCCAGCAAAACCCUCUGCGCCUCUCCUCCUUCGCCUAGCAGACAACAGACCUCAAGGAGCCGUAGAAACCAUUCUAUUGUCAAGAAAGGAAAAGCUUCCAGGAUAUUUUUCAAUUCAGCAGGAGCCUAAGGAAGCCCUCAGCAGCAGGAGAUUGGGAUAACUGCGAGGUUGGUUUCUGGAGCAGAGGGAGCAGGGUGUGCUCCUCGAAGCAAGACCUGCGCCCAUAGCAGCCAGAAAGUAGAAAAGAAGGAUCCAACAAAGCCUGAAGUGGGGAACGAGUUAUCAAGGGUUUUAUAAUGAAAGAACAAGGUGUGGGAAACAGGAGCUGGAAGGAGACAGAGGAAGGAAAACGCGAGGCAGCUGAGGCCUCUUCAGAUUGGAACAGAAAAGCGAGAAAAGAGAGGAGAGAAGGGAAGAGGAAAGGAAAGGCUGUCUCUAAAUUCUACCGCAGGCGGCAGAUCCGCUUUGGUCCCUGCCCGUGAACACGCAGCGGCUCCGGGCCCAGAGCGCAGCGCGGCCGCCGCCAUCGCGGCGCUCCUCGGCGGGGCGGAGCGCUUUGGGCCCCGGCGCGAUGGAGGCGCUGCGGCGGCCGGCGCUGGCCGAGGACGCGGUGCGGUACCGCCUGUUGGCGGCGGCGGGCCCGGGCGGCGAGGCGCUGCUGCGGCUGAACUGGCCCUGGUGCGCUUCGGCCCGCUCCUGGCCUCGUACGUGUGGCAGCGGCAGCCGCUCGGCCUGCGCUACGUGCCGCGCCGCGGUGAGAGCCCGGCGCACUUGGGUGGCACUACGGUGUUCGGGGAUAACGUGGAGGAUGAGUGGUUCAUUGUGUACCUGCUGCGGCAGAUCACCAGGGAGUUCCCGGGGCUGGCAGCCAGAAGCUGCUGAUUUUCUCCCAAAGCGGCUCAACCCUGAGAACAGUGAAAACAGGUUACAGGAAUGUCCCUUUGCUGUAUUGAGUUCCAAGUGUACAUGGCACAGAGCAACGUUGGGAGAAGUUUCAGCAGCCACAGGAGAGGGGUGAGUUCUGUUGGAGCAGCCACGUCUGAGAGUGCUGGCCCUGAUUCUGGAGCUGAGGCUGCUGAGCUGGCAGCCCUGGAUGUGGACAUGAACCUGGUGGCAAACCUGCUGGAGUCCUACAGAGCCCAGGCUGGCCUGGCAGGACCCACCUCGAACAUUUUACAGAGCCUGGGGGUGAAUUUACCUGAGAGCACAGAGCUCUCUGGCAGCUGAGCAAGGCAGGGAGAGGCUUUGAACAGGACAUGGCUGGUGGGGAGAUGGAGCACAGACAGGCGAGCAGGAUGUGGAAGGAGAGGCCAAAGGUUUUAAUUUGAGCAUUCUGUUCAUUAUGUGUCACUUCAGCAGAGUGAAUUUACCUGCAAAAGCUUCUGUUUGGACACUGGCUUGGGUGGAAAUGAGAUUUUCCCAGUGCUUACACAAUUUCAGAAAACUGAAAAAUGAUGUUGACUGACAUGAGCUUUUCUUUUAUGACAAAACCUGUCUUCCAUUUUUCCAAUCCGUGAUCCAAUUUGCCACAUGUCUAAAAUGUCCUUUUACCCAUUGCUGAGUGGGUUCAAUAUCUGGGGAGCAGUUCUUGUUCUGAAAAUGCUGCUGCCUUCAGGGGCAGCUGGAGAAAUAGCACAUUGCAGGAAGAGUAAUUGGAUCAAAUGUGUAAAUAUUGGCCAGAAGUAUUUCUUAACUUUAUUUCAGUAAAAACAGAAAUAAAACUUGAGUACUGA